AUGAUCUUACCAAAGCAACGGGUUUACGCCAUUGUUCCGCAACAUGGCCCGUCAAUCGAAAGCGAAAGAUUACUUCUUCGACCAGUGGAAGACUCCGAUGCCACUGCACUAUUCGGAAUUCGCUCGCUUCCCGAAGUUGCAGCAAUGAACUGGCCCAAAGAACCCUUCAAAUCAAUUGAACAGACUCGCGCGUGGAUGUCAACCAAAAUCUUCACAGCUGGUCCCUCCGAUGUCAUCGGGCGCUCCUUCAACUAUGCCAUCAUCGACAAAUCCAGCCCAAAUCCACAGCGCGUCAUCAGGUAUCUCAGUAUCAAUCAGGUAGCCCCUUACCCUGAGAUUGGGUAUUCAUUGCACCCUGGUUCGUGGGGAAAAGGCAUCGCAACGGAGGCUUUGCAAUUGAUGCUGAAGAUGUGGUGGGCCCUGCCACGUCGGAAGCAAAACGAGGAUGAACCCCAGCCCAAUGAGCCUGAGAAGGCCUUUGCUCUCUGCGAAAAGAUAAAUUUUGGAAGCCAUCGAGUACUUGAAAAAUGCGGCUUCAAAUUGAUUGGUGAAUACUCAUACGGGGGAGAUGCUCUUUUUGUGUUUGCGUUGGAAAAGCCGUGA